CCCUACUGUAAUCCGAAACAUCACGCGACGCAACAUAGCGCAAGGAAUCCAAAGACGGCGAACUUCUUAUUUCAAUUUGUUUCGACGAGACUCUGUUCUCAAGUAGGCCGUUCCAGCGAGGAAUCACGAAACCAGUCGGUUCACGCACAAUUGCACGUACAAGUUGCCCACCAUGGCUACCAAAGGGAUGUGGGAGAUAGACCCGGAGACGAAGUCCAAGCUCGCUGCGAUGCAGAAGGAGAACAACAACAACAUCUGCUGCGACUGCGGUGCCCCAAGCCCGCAAUGGUGUUCACCAAAGUUCGGCAUCUUUAUCUGCCUCUCGUGCGCGGGCGUUCAUCGUGGCCUGGGUGUGCACAUCUCGUUCGUACGCUCGGUUUCCAUGGACGCCUUCAAGCAGGCUGAAAUCGAGCGCAUGCGGCUCGGCGGCAAUGACACCUGGCGCACCUUUUUCGAGAACCACUCCGACACCAAGUUGCGCGGAAUCAGCUGGGACGAUGCGACGAUUGCGGAGCGGUACAGCGGCGAUGUUGGCGAAGAAUACAAGGAGAGGCUGAGUGCCAAGGUUGAGGGGAGGGAGUACGUGCCUGGAGAGAAGAAGCCACUGGCCCAGCAGCAGCAGCAGGAGACAAGUCAGAGUCCAAGCAGCGUGGCUGGUGGGGUGCCAUUGAGCGGCACGAGCAGUAGGACGGCCAGCCCCAAGCCGGGAACGAUGAUCAAGGUGGACGACAAGUACUUUGCCAAACUGGGUGCUGCCAACGCCAGCAGACCGGACAAUCUGCCGCCUAGCCAGGGAGGAAAGUAUCAGGGCUUUGGAAACACAGUGUCGUCGCAGCCGAAGAAUGAUGGCAGCGCAAGCUUGCCGGGCCUCGAUGAGUUGCAAAAGGAUCCCGUGGCGGCGCUGAGUAAAGGGUUCGGAUGGUUUACCAAGACAGUGACCCAGACGGCGAAGACGGUUAAUGAGGGUUAUAUCCAGCCUACAGCUAAGCAAAUAGCCGAAUCGGAGCUCGCUGCAAAAGCCCGUGUUGCGGCAGCGCAAGCCGCCGUUUCAGCACAGACUGUAGCACAGGCUGGCGCCAAAACCGCGACAGAGAGUUUCAACCGGUUUGUCGAGGGAGGACCUUCCAACUCCGCUGGUGGUGGCUAUAGGUCAGUUCCCUCUGGCGGUGGUGGCAGCAACUUUGAUGAGAGCAAGAGGUCGUUUUGGGAUGACUUCUCUAGCGCGGCCGACCAGAGAAAGCCAGCUGGUAGCUCGAUCGGGACAGCAGUUAUGGGCAAGGGUGGAAGCAGCGGUAGCUCCACUGCUCCUCCCCCAGCAGCUUCCAAGAAGGACGAGUGGGAUGACUGGUAGAUGGCUUGUUGACCCGUAGCGUCAUUGGAUGAAUAGCGAGGUGGAAUAGUGGUAAUGAAAUCAUUUACAGCC